UCCCAGAUUCCCAUAAAGCACAUGGUCUAAUCUGUUACCUAACAGCAAGGCAGCGUCACCUCACCUGUUCUUGCCCUCGAAUGGGAAAGCUGGUAUGAGACUAAAGCGCAGACUGCCAGGCUGAGUACCCUGGCCUGAGCCAUCCCCAGAGAUCAGGAGCCUCCAAAGGGAAACCUUCCAUUAUACUCUUCAAGCAACUUACAGCUGAACCGACAGUUGCAAUGAAAGUUCUAAUCUCUUCCCUCCUCCUGCUGCUGCCACUAAUGCUGAUGUCCACGGUCUCCAGCAGCCCGAAACCAGGGGUCGCCAGAGGCCAUAGGGACCAAGGCCAGGCUUCUAGGAGGUGGCUCCAGGAAGGCAGCCAAGAAUGUGAGUGCAAAGAUUGGUUCCUGAGAGGCCCUAGAAGAAAACUCAUGACAGCGUCUGGGCUGCCAAAGAAGCAGUGUCCCUGUGAUCAUUUCAAGGGCAAUGUGAAGAAAAUAAGACACCGAAGGCACCACAGGAAGCCAAACAAGCAUUCCAGAGCCUGCCAGCAAUUUCUCAAACAAUGCCAGCUAACAAGCUUUGCUCUGCCUUUGUAGGAGCUCUGAGCGCCUACUCUCCCAAUUAAACAUUCUCAGUCAAGAACUAGAGGACAUCUUUCUUCUCCCACCUCAUUCUCCCACUGCACCCACCCCCUAAAUCAUUCUGGUGCUCUCAAAAAGCAUGUUUCUCAAGAUCAUUUUGAUUAUUGCUCUCUCUUAUGCCUUUUCUCUCAUCAUUCUUAUCCUGUGCCCUCCCCCUACCCAGGCUUAGUCUUAAUUAUCUGAAAGAUUCCAGGAAACUGUAGCUUCCUAGCUGGUCUCAUUUAAUCUUAACUACAAUCAGGAAAGCAGCAAACAGACGUCAAUAAAUAUUUUUAAAACGUAAUAGAU